AUGGCCAUGAACCCUGACAUGGGGCCUGAGAUCAGCCCGGGCCCAGACAUCACCUUGGUUCUGGGUGGCAAUCAAGUCACCCACUUUAUCCAGCUCCUGGCUGCCUUCACUCCUUCAGAUAUGCCUCUGACCACAGGACAUGAACCAUUCUGUCUCUCCAAUACCACACCAUACAUUUGUUCACCCUACCUGUCAGUCAGACCAUCAUUAUGGACUCAGAGAAAAAGUAUUCACAAGCAGAAGCCUGGAAAGAAGCCCAGUGUCAUGGAGAAACAGCUGCUGCACUUGGCUAUGGACAAGGCCAGUAACAUUUCCCUGGCUUCUCUAUACACUGUGAUCCACCUGAAGUCUCCACCAGCAUCUUCCUUCUGCAGACAAGGAAACAAGCACAGGUGGCUGCCGAAAAUCAUGCGACCUGCCACUCCUGACAAAGGUCCCCAACGUCAGCAGGACGGUGACCGAGAGCAGAGCGUCGUACCUGCGGGCGCCUUGGAAGCGGGAGUGACAAGGACGCCGGGACACCGGCAGGCAGCUCUGCCUUCCUACGACAGCCUGGCACACUCGCUACCUCAGGCUCCGCGCAGCGAGAUCACAGGAGUCUCUGCCCGGCGUGAUUUUUGCAGGGCACCCUCAGGUCAUCUUGGAAAGGGGGAAAGGAUGACAACGAUGGAUCCCCAGUACCAUUCUUGGAUCUUUGUCAAUGAGAGAACAUUCAUAACCAGGGAACAACUUAACUCUUUACUGGAGGCCUAUAAUGUUUUCUAUGAGAACCAGAAAAAUCUGCAUAUUUUGUAUGGACAGACUGAAGACGGACAACUGAUUGUUGAAGGGAUGCUGGACAUUUUCUGGGGAGUGAAACGACCCAUACAGCUGAAAAUACAAGAUGAGAAGCAAAUCUCUUCUUUUGAUCUGUUGAAGGCAACAGAAACAUUUUCCAGGAAAGGGAGGAUGACUCGCUGGGGAGAGUUUGAUGACCUUUAUCGUAUCAGUGAGCUGGACGGGAGCCAAGUCUUGCUGUCUGAAGGAAGGCAUUCCCCAGAAGAAUAUUUAUCUUACCACAGCACUCUGAAGCCAUAUGAAGAGGAAGAGCCGGAAUCCCCGCUGCUCUAUAGGACCAUGAGUGAAGCGGCUUUGGUGAGAAGGAGGACGAAGGCUCCAGCGGCGUACAGAAAAGACAGGCAGAGCCAUAGAGCCUCUAUCAACGGACACUUCUAUAACCACGAGACAUCCAUUUUCACCCCAACCUUCGGAUCAGAAACCAAGGUCAGAACAAACAGCACCAUGAGAACUGAAGAAGUAAUAAAGCAACUUCUCCAAAAGUUCAAGAUUGAGAAUAGCCCUCGGGAUUUUGCUCUUUACAUUAUUUUUGGAACAGGAGAGCAGAGAAAACUAAAGAAGAGUGAUGUCCCACUGCUUCAGAGGCUUCUGCAAGGCCCAUCCAAAAGCAACGCGCGGAUCUUCCUCAUGGAUAAAGACACAGAAGAAAUUAGCAGUGAUGUGGCGCAGUACAUUAAUUUCCACUUUUCGUUCUUGGAAUCCAUUCUCCAGAGAUUAGAUGAAGAAGAGAAAAAGGAGACUGAGAGAAUAAUGGCGAAAUUCAGUACCGAAAGGGCCUUUAUCCUGAAGUGUCUUCAGAGUAAACAGGCAGCAAAAACAGAGACCACAGUCUAGAAGCACAGCACCUGCGCUAACUAGCACACCUUAGCAGAGCUGGAGAGGGCACCGUAGUAUGAGCGACCGACCCGUCUGCUUCUGGUAUGCAGGACCUGGAAACUGCGGGAAGACUGAAUGCCGAACAGCCUGCUUCCUCUUUGAAAGGGUGAGGUUGGCUGGGGUUCAGAGUUGAACUAAGGCAAGAUUGGACUUCAUUUCAGUAACUGAAGGAAGCUUGGAUACUGUGUAUUCCAAAUAGCACUUAUAGCAAAUUCUUUAGUGAGCUCAGGUUUAAGCGGCCUCUGCUGAUAUCAUGCAAUUUAAACUUUCUUAUCUGAAAAGAACGGAGACAUUUGCGGACUCGUCAGAGGUUGGAAAUAAACACUUCCAGUCCUUGCUGUCAACAAGACACACACUCUCAAGCAAUCGAGGACCUGAACUGACCAUGUUUCAUAACUGGGUAAACACUUAAGGGCUUUCCUAAAAUUCAGAGACAUCGCUACCAGAAUUGAUCUUUUUUUUUUUUUUUUUAACUCCUAGUAUCAGAGCUGUCUGUCCUUUUGGAAUAAAAUGAUUUUGGACUCUGUCAAGAAAGCUAAACUCAGGACUGGAGAGAUGGCUACGCAGGUAGGAGCACUGGCUACUCUUCCAAAAGACCAGGGUUCAGUUCCCCAGGACCCUUGUGGUUGCUUACAGCCAUCCACUACUCCUCCAGUCCUAGAGGAUCUGACACCCACCUCUGUGGACACUGCACACACACGGUGGACAGACAUACAGGCAGGCAAAGCAUCCAUAUACUUAAAAAUAAAUAAAAUUAAAAAUAAAACCUUAAACUCUGAUUCUGUCAACUGGGGCUCUUAAUUUGUGCCCCGACACACACUUCUGAUCAGUUCCAAGCUAGUUUUACGUGUCUUAAAAGUUGGUAAGUAAAUAUAUCACAGACAUAGACUGUACUACAUAAGGUAGAACAAGAUUUGACCUCAAAUACCUAGUUGUUGCUGCUGAUUGCUGUGGAUAAAGCCGAGCUGCUGUAGCUGAGCAGGAGGGGGCAUCAUAGUGUCCUUGCUGCUGCGUAAGACACACUCACCAGGUACACACAGGUCUGGUAAGCCCACUUGGAAAAAAAUAUUAUGGGAUUUAUUUGUAAACUCUUCAUUAAUGUGGAUUUUUAGUCAAUAUUCUUCUGUUCCCUAACUACUUCCAUUUGAAUUCCUUAUCUUAAACUGUUCAGUUAUGUCACCUGUACUAAGGUAAGGUUCUACUAUCAACAUCAAAUUGUGAAGCAGUUAUAAUAGUAAGCUAGUCAUUCCUUGUGUCCCCAGCUCCUGAACUGGGUGACAGUGUAGGAAUUAUGUGGCAUUUCUGUCCCAGGAAGUCUCCCUCGUUGAUUGAAACAAAGUCUAUGUAUUUCUAAAGCUUUGCCUGUUGAUCAAGAAAGACACAGGUUCAUCGCACUAAAAAUGGACCAAAAGAACAAAGUAUACUGAAAACCCACCAGGUACAGUGGUGUAACCUUGUGACCCUACCACUCAGAAGACAAAGCCAGAAGAUUACUAUGAAUUCAGGCCAGCUUGGAUUACAUAGUGAAUUCCAGGCCCCAGAGUAAGGCCUUCUCUCAAAACACACACACUCUCUCUCUGUGUGGUCUACAAAGUGCAUACAAAACUCACCAAGUCUGGCAUAGAAAAAGAAAGUGGGAAAACUCACAGAAGAGAAAUCACAAGUAGCUACUAAGUGUAUGCAAAGUAUUGUAUCUAACUGUAUUCCUCAAUUCAGGUCAGGAGAAAGAAACUGUGCAGUAACCUAGGCAGAGUUUAGCAUGAAGAUUUAUUAAGCUACGAUAGGGCAGCAACAAUAAGGAUGGGAAGAGAACUCACCUGGCAAAUGAGCCCCACACAGCCUGUCUUGAGUAUUUGUGCAGGUGACAGAAAAUGUCAACACGAUGAUUUUGACUAAGGAUCCAGCCUGCACUUGUUUCCAGGUUAUACCACCACUGAUGGAAACAAACGCUGGAGAAGCAGCCCAGGUAGAGAGAGACAGAGAAAGCUGCAGCUCGUUGGCUGCCAGCAUUGAAGGAGAAACACCUGGAUGCAGACAGGGUGUUCCAGGGUCUGGGACUGCAUCAAAGUCUGAAAUGGUUUUCUAGCGCCCUCUGCUGACGUUAUAUAAUACUGUCCACAACAGAAAGAAAAAUUUAAA